GGGAAGAGAAGUUUCUCUCCAUCCGUCCGCCUCUAUGUCUGUCCUUUAAAGCAGCUCUUUGAAGCUUGGGAGAGAGAGAGAGAUCUGCUUUUUCCCCAGCGCUGCCCUGGGAUUUAUUUCGCUUGAGCUGGAACGCUUUUCUUCUUCUUUCUCCCCCCACCCACUUUCCCCUUCCUGGUGCAUACUUUUUAAUUUUUUAAUUUUUGGGGGGGUUGUAUACUGGACGCCAUGUUGUGGAAACUAGCAGACAAUGUCAAGUACGAAGAGGACUGUGAGGAUCGGCAUGAUGGAAGCAGUAAUGGGAACCCCAGAUUGCCCCACCUUUCAGCUGUCAGCCAGCAUUUGUACAGUCCAGCUCCCCCCCUUUCUCACUCGGGGGCCUCGGAUUUCCAGCCCCCUUAUUUCCCGCCCCCUUACCAGCCUCUGCCUUACUCCCAGUCUAGCGACCCUUAUUCACACCUUGGAGAUCCUUUUUCCAUCAACCCACUCCACCAGCCACCACCGCCUCCUCCUAACCAGCAACAAACCAGCUGGCCCAAUCGCCAGAACCAAGAUCCUUCUGGUUUGUCUCACCACGCACGCUCCGGCUUGGUCCCCCAUCUCCCAGCUCUGGAAAGCGGCUCUGCUGGGGCAAGGAGAGAAACCUACAGGCGGUCAGAGCUGCUGCUGCCCCAUGGCCAUGGCCUGGAUGCCUCCAGCCUAGCAGAAAACCUUGGACUGCAUGAAAUGGCCCAUCAGAUGGAAGAGGUGCAGAAUGUGGAAGAUCAACAUUUAUUAAUGCAUGACCAGACGGUCAUUAGAAAAGGUCCCAUUUCAUUAACGAAAAACAAUGCAUUAGGUCUCCCUUGCCAGAAGGACGGACUGCUUGGCAUGGUAAUCAAUCCCAAUGAAGUCUUCUGCUCUGUUCCUGGCCGGCUUUCUCUCCUCAGUUCAACAUCGAAAUACAAAGUGACAGUAGCAGAGGUUCAAAGGAGGCUCUCCCCUCCAGAAUGUCUCAAUGCUUCUUUGCUGGGGGGCGUUCUCAGGCGAGCCAAGUCUAAAAAUGGUGGCCGAUCAUUAAGGGAGAAGCUGGAUAAAAUUGGCUUGAACCUUCCUGCUGGCAGGAGGAAAGCCGCCAAUGUGACGUUGCUGACAUCCUUGGUUGAAGGAGAAGCUGUACACCUUGCCCGAGAUUUUGGCUAUGUAUGUGAAACUGAGUUUCCCUCUAAAGCUGUGGCUGAAUACUUAACUCGUCCCCAUCUGGGUCGUAAUGAGAUGGCUACCAGGAAGAACAUGUUGCUUGCGGCAAAGCAGAUCUGUAAAGAAUUCACCGAACUCCUCACUCAGGAUCGCACCCCUCUUGGUAAUGCAAGGCCCAGCCCGAUCUUAGACCCUGGCAUCCAGGGCUGUUUGACUCACUUCAGCCUGAUCACGCAUGGCUUCGGAAGCGCCGCUAUCUGUGCUGCCAUGACGUCUGUCCAGAACUACCUGAACGAAGCUCUCAAAAUAGCAGACAAAACAUACAUGAAUGCUGGAGACCAGAGCCCUGCGGAAACCAAUAAAGGCCUUGAAAAAAUGGACAAACACCGAAAAUAGGAGAGAGAGAGAAAGAGGUUGACAAAGACAGACUGGAAACAGACUUUCUAAAAACUAUUCUCGCACAGAGACUUCAACUCUCCUUGCCAGUUGGGCACAUAGAUUUCUCCUGCAACUUGUUUUAGGACAUGAUAUUGAUUCAUUUUUAAAACGUCCUUCCCUGCGCGCGCACCCCCUCUAUGUGUUUCUCUUCUUUAAAGCUGCCAUUAUCCAUUCAGUUGUGGGACCAGGCAUCAGAAGCUAAUUUAGGUACAAUCUUUGCUUUUUUAAAAAAAAAAGGAGAAAAAAAGGAAACAUGUAUUUUAAUCAGUAAAAAGUGGUGCUAUCUCUCUUUUUUUUCAUAUUGUGUGAAAGUCUAUUUUUGCCGUUUCUAGAUAUUUGAGCAAGUUCUGUCCCCCCCCACCCCCCGGGUGUAUUUUUUGGAUAGUGGCAGCUCUUUUGGUUUCACAGAGACAGUAAACAGUUGUUUUGGUUUGUGAGGAUGCAGAGCUUGGAAAAAGUUUUUUUUUAAUAAAUAAACAAAUAAAUGAAUGAAUAGGUAAAGCUCCCAGGAUUCCCCCGCAACCAUGCUGGCCAUGUUAUGUGGGUGUUCUGGGAGUUACAGUCCUGACGAGUAACUUUUCCAAAGCUCUGUAUACAUGUUGCUCUGCCUCCAGGCUUGCAUAAUUCCCCUUCCUCUCUUUAGCACGGUUGUGGAAAAGAAAUUGGGAAUAUUUCUUUCUUCCUUUAAUGCUCAUCAGAGUUUGUUGUUAUAUCUGAAAAGGAAAACCUAUUAAACCACGGUUUAUUUAAACGAAUCACAGUUAACAGCAGAGGCUGGCAACAUGUGGGCUGUAUGCAGCCUUUGGAUUCCUUGUCUUCACCCCUCCUCCACUCCACCUUCCUUGUUGGCAAAAUGUGUCCAAAAAAGCUUAGGUUUUCCCUUAUAUCUUGCUUCCUUUGACAAAUGAAGGGGAGAUGGUCUGCCUUAUGAUCUGACAUGGUUGUAGGUUUGGUACAAUGUUUUGACACCCUAUUAUAUUAUAGAGCUGCAGCAGUUGCCCUGGAAUUUCAGUGACAAUUGUGAUAGAUGAAGGGUGUGGCCCCCACUUGUCCCCCUCUGUUUCCCUAGUCCUAGUUUACACUGACUCUCAUCCCAUGAGCAAUAAACCAUGGUUAGAUAGAAAGAAGUGAUUCCAGUUUCCUGACUGCCCAGAGGAGGGAAACACACUCAGGCUAGAGGAAUGUCAUUCACUUAAUUCUAAAACUAUGGGGAUUGAACCGGACUAUAGUGUGAAUGCUACUUGUGGAGCAAGACAACUUGGUUUCCUCUCUGGGAGAAAGUGUGCAUUGGCUGACCAAGUCCUAGCUCUGGUGAAGGCACUCUUAGCCAAGGGUACGCGAAGGGGUUGACUUCCCUGAGACUCCCAAAUCUGAGAAGGAAGUGAGAAAUGUGGGCUGUGUUGAUCACAUCUCCCCUGGCAUUGUACAUUCUUUAAUUUCCUAUAGUGAUGGAAUCAUGUGAGACAUCCUCCCCUGCCAUCUCUCAGGCCUCUAUGGAGUGGUAAGACAUUCUGGCAUCUUUGUUAUACUAUACGCAUGUUGGUGCCCCCCCCAAAAGGAGUGGUGGUGUGGGCAUGGAGUGGUAGUUCAUUGCACCCCCCAAGAAUCAAGUUACGGUAAGAUAAUUGGUUUAAAAGAAGUGUCUAGGGUUUUUGUUAAAAACUCCACUGUCUCUAGAAACCAGGAAUAGAGCCUAACGCAGUAUUACCCCAGGCUGCUUGAAUUCUUGGGAAGAAACCAGAAUUGUUACCCCAUUGGAAAAGGUUCAGAGAAAGCUGCAGUUGUGGAAGAGUUUUCCUUGUCCAUCUGCACUCUUCAGAUGUGCUGGAGUGCAAUGCUGUUCCUCAGUGGGGAUUUUCGGGAGUUGUUGUCUGAGACAGCGAGAGCACCGGCAGUGGGGAAAUUGAAAAAAUAUUGUGUCCAAGGGUAUUUGAAGGCUUGAUUUGGGAACCUUUGGUUUCUUUUGGGUGGUUCAAAUUUUUGGACAUCAUCUCAAGAACUACAGCAUAUUCUAAUGCUAAGUGUGGCUUCUGCAGGAUUGAUAAAGGAACAGCAAUGCACUAAAAGUGUAUUGUAGCAGAUCUUUUUAUAUGAGGAAGAAAAAACUUUCAGCUAGGAAAAAAUGAACUUUCAUCUUUGAAUUUUUUUUUUAACGAAGAACACCAGGAUAUUGCAGCUUUAGCUAUAUCAUCAGGUCUUGUGCUUUGAAAAUAGGGGAAGAAAACUUGAAAGAAUAGGCACAUAAUGUUUAAUUAUUUUCUUGCCUAUAUAGGCCAAAAAUAACCUAUAUAUAGAU